AUGAGAAACGUUUCGAUUUCUGGAGAGAAAUCGGUGAUUGAUUCCAUGUUUCAGAGAAUCGCCGAAAUCGCCUUCGAAGAGGUUAGAGAGAGGAGAGAGAAACCGGAAGAGGAAAAUGAAGAAGAAAAAGAGUUUUGUCUCUUCUCAAAACCGCCGAGCCAAUCAUGUCUUGCCACGUGGCAGGUAAGCUUCGACGCUUCCCCAGCUAAAAUAAGCGUCGAAUUCAAAUUUCGCCUAAGUACCACGUUAAGCGUUCCGCGUUGGACAUGCUCUAACAGCUCCAGUCACCCCUGCAGAUAUUAA